GUGGUGUCCCGAGCUAGGAUUUUGCAUUUCUUGGCUCGCCAAAAGUAGCCAUCACGAAGCCAAGAUAAUAAAUAUAUAGCUACGGUUUGCAACAAACAAACAAACCGAGACAUUAGAAUAUCGUAUCUUGCUUUUCCUCUCUUUCUUUUUUCCUCCAACUUGGAGUUUUUCUUCAAAGCCAAUGUUCCCUGCAGUUAUGUCCAAUUCCAAUUCCUUGUCCGAAGAGGCCACUGUCUCCUGUGGUACAAGAAUCGCUGGACUAAAUCAUGUAGUUACAACCCUUUCUCCACAACAGCCUCAAAAGAUCAAGAAAAAGAGAAGCCUCCCAGGGAAUCCAGACCCGGAUGCUGAAGUGAUUGCUUUGUCACCGAAGACUCUUCUAGCUACGAAUAGAUUUGUGUGUGAGAUCUGCAACAAGGGUUUCCAGAGAGAUCAGAACCUUCAGCUUCAUAGGAGAGGGCAUAACCUGCCAUGGAAGCUGAAGCAAAGAAACAACAAAGAGGUGAAAAAGAAAGCAUACGUUUGUCCAGAGCCUUCAUGCGUUCACCACAAUCCCUCAAGGGCUCUGGGGGACCUCACAGGAAUUAAGAAACACUACUGCAGAAAACAUGGAGAGAAGAAGUGGAAAUGUGACAAGUGCUCAAAGAUCUAUGCGGUUCAGUCAGAUUGGAAAGCUCACUCUAAAACCUGUGGUACUAGAGAAUAUAGAUGUGAUUGUGGAACCCUCUUUUCCAGGAAGGACAGCUUCAUAACUCACAGAGCUUUCUGUGAUGCAUUGGCUGAAGAAAGUGCAAGACUGUCAGCAAACCAGUUAGCCACCAACAACACCACCACAAACCCAUUAGUCCACUCCCUCUUCCUUUUCCCAACCCAACAACAACACCACCACCACAACAACAACAACAGCAACUUCAUCAACACCUGGGACCCUUCUCAACAAAACCCUAACCCUAGCAACCUCACCACCCUCCACACCAACAUCAAACCUGAAGAAUCUCCAAACUUCCACAACCUCUCUUCUCCCCCGUUCCUCCACCACCACCCCAAGACCAUCAUAACCUCACCCUUCCGUGACCUCUCACAGCCCACGUCACCGCACCUCUCCGCCACUGCACUGCUCCAGAAAGCCGCAACCGUUGGCGCCGCCACCCUCACAGGCCCCACUCAUCACGUGACUCAACUCGGCAUGGCCGAGUUAGUUGACUCGGUAGCUCCCGAACGCUACAUCAACAUGAGAAGCAUCAAGAACAAUGACGGUCUCACCAGGGACUUUCUCGGGCUCACCAACGGCAGCGCGGUUGACGUUAGCAUCGACGUCAAGGAUAUGCUAACGUUCACGGGAGGGAGCGUAGAGUAUAACCAUCACCACCAACGCUACGAGCACCGUCAUAAUAAUAACUCGCUUUUCAAGCCACAACAAGGUUUUGGAUUCCUUGGCACAACAACUGGCCCCGAAUCCUGGGGAAAUUGUGAGUAAUUAAACACCCUUUUUAGUCCAUGAAAUUGUAAGCUUUCGAUCACUCCUAAUUUUACAAGAUGUUUUACUUUAAUCCUUAAUUUUGCAAGAGUUAUUCAUUUUGUACCGAAAAGAACUGAAUGAUGACCUUGUCUAAAAUUAAGGAUUCAAGUAAAAAUUUUGUAAUGGUAAGUUACUAUAAAGUGAUUGCUACUUACAAUUUUAAGGAUGAAUGUUGGGUACUGUACUAGAAAAUUGUUAACACAAACAAGAGAGUGAUUCCGAAACUAAGAGGAUAGAAUGGGCAUCUCAAUUUGCCUUAUAUCGUACCCUUGCACGAACUUGUAUUUUUAUUUUACCCCUUUAAAUUACUACAAUGCUUUGUUUCAGCCUCGUUGAUGAAUUAAUCAUUAAACGUGUUUUGGUUUUGUCA